CAGCGCAGCGACCCGGGCGCUCCUCUCCGCGCGCAGCAGCGAGGCGGCGGCCGCUCCCUCAGCCUCCCCGAGCCGCGGGCCCCGACGCGCUCCAGCCGCUCGCCCACCACCGCCCCCUCGGCGCGGCUCUCGCGCUGCCCCAGUUGCGGUCCCCAGGAUGAUUCCCUGCAGAGCGGCGCUGUCUUUUGCCCGAUGUCUGAUCCGGAGAAAAGUCGUCACUCUGGACAGCCUGGAGGAUUCCAAACUCUGCCGCUGCUUAUCCACCAUGGACCUCAUUGCCCUGGGGGUGGGAAGCACUCUGGGAGCUGGAGUCUACGUCCUCGCUGGGGAGGUGGCCAAGGCUGACUCUGGCCCCAGCAUUGUGGUUUCCUUCCUCAUCGCCGCCCUGGCGUCCGUGAUGGCGGGUCUGUGCUAUGCUGAAUUCGGAGCCCGGGUUCCCAAAACUGGCUCUGCGUAUUUGUAUACUUACGUCACUGUCGGAGAACUGUGGGCCUUCAUCACUGGCUGGAAUCUCAUUUUAUCUUACGUGAUAGGUACAUCAAGUGUUGCCAGGGCCUGGAGUGGUACCUUUGAUGAACUUCUCAGCAAGCAGAUUGGUCAGUUUUUUAGGACGUACUUCAAAAUGAAUUACACAGGCCUUGCAGAGUAUCCUGACUUCUUUGCUGUGUGCCUGAUACUACUUCUAGCAGGUCUUUUAUCUUUUGGAGUUAAAGAGUCUGCUUGGGUGAAUAAAGUCUUCACAGCUGUCAACAUCCUGGUUCUCCUCUUUGUUAUGGUUGCUGGGUUUGUGAAAGGAAACGUCGCAAACUGGAAGAUUAGUGAGGAGUUUCUCAAAAACAUAUCAGCAAGCGCCAGGGAGCCGCCUUCUGAAAAUGGAACAAGUGUCUAUGGGGCUGGUGGCUUUAUGCCUUACGGCUUUGCGGGGACUUUGGCUGGAGCUGCAACCUGCUUUUAUGCCUUCGUGGGAUUUGACUGCAUUGCCACAACUGGUGAGGAAGUCCGGAAUCCUCAGAAAGCCAUUCCUAUUGGGAUUGUGACUUCUCUGCUUGUUUGCUUUAUGGCCUAUUUCGGGGUCUCGGCAGCUUUAACACUUAUGAUGCCAUACUACCUCCUCGAUGAGAAAAGCCCGCUUCCUGUAGCGUUUGAGUACGUUGGAUGGGGUCCAGCCAAAUACGUCGUUGCAGCAGGCUCCCUCUGUGCUUUGUCAACAAGUCUUCUUGGAUCCAUUUUCCCAAUGCCUCGUGUAAUCUAUGCUAUGGCGGAGGAUGGGUUGCUUUUCAAAUGUCUAGCUCAAAUCAAUUCCAAAACGAAGACACCAAUAAUUGCUACUUUAUCAUCGGGUGCGGUGGCAGCUGUGAUGGCGUUCCUCUUUGACCUGAAGGCCCUCGUGGACAUGAUGUCCAUCGGCACCCUUCUGGCUUACUCCCUGGUCGCAGCCUGUGUUCUCAUCCUCCGGUACCAGCCCGGCUUAUCUUAUGAGCAAACCAAAUGUUGCCCUGGGAAAGAAGCUCUGGGAUCGUGUGCCGACACUGCCUCCAAAAGCGAGUCCCAGGUCACUGUGCUGCCCCGACAGGGCUUCAGCCCCCGAGCCCUCUUCUGCCCCUCGCUCCUGCCCACACGACAAUCCGCUUCUCUCGUGAGCUUUCUCGUAGGAUUUCUGGCAUUUCUCAUUCUGGGCCUGAGUGUUCUGACCACGUAUGGGGUCCGCGCCGUGGCCCGGCUGGAAGCCUGGAGCCUGGCUCUUCUGGUGCUGCUCCUCGUCCUCUGCGUCGCCGUGGUGCUCGUCAUCUGGAGGCAGCCCCAGAACCAGCAGAAAGUCGCCUUUAUGGUUCCAUUCUUACCGUUUUUGCCGGCCUUCAGCAUCCUGGUGAACAUUUACUUGAUGGUCCAGUUGAGUGCAGACACCUGGGUCAGAUUUAGUAUUUGGAUGGCACUUGGUUUCCUGAUUUACUUCGCCUAUGGCAUUAGACACAGCCUGGAGGGUAACUCGAGGGAGGACAAAGAUGACGAAGAUGAUUAUUCAGACAAUCUUCAUGCAGCAACAGAGGAAAAAUCUGCCAUGCAAGCCAAUGACCAUCACCAAAGGAACCUCAGUUUACCUUUCAUAUUCCACGAAAAGACGAGCGAAUGCUAGUGGCGGCUGGUCCCCCGGCUCCAAGUACGUAUCCCACAUGGAGUGAACAGUGACAGGAUGUCAUCUGCACGCUAGGCUGUCGUGGGUUUUGCUGCAGACAUGCUUCACCAAGAUUUAUGCCCGCUCACAUGGAUGACAUCUCCUCACAGGGUGAAUUGUGCAUCUGGGGAAGCCUGAGCUCUCUCCUCAGUGAUGAAUUUCCCCCAAAUUGUGGGAGAGUGUGUAUGUGUGUACGUGUAUGUUGGAGGAAUAUCAAUGUGAAAAGUUGUUGGUGUUUUACUGUCACUGCAUUGCAUUUUUCCGGCAUUGUCAUGAAUUGGUGGCAUAUACUGCACAUACUGAAAGGGAGGUAAUCACCGAAUAGAAAAGUACUUUUUUCUAUGUGCCGUGUGUGGUUGGGGAAAUAACUGUUGCUUUUCCUUAUUGGGCUUUUGUUAAUGUCAGUUAGAACCUGUUAAAAAUGCAUUUACCCAUCCUGGUGUCUGUCACUGGUUUGGAGUUAAGAGGGGGGCAUAGGAAAUGAGCCUUUUCUAUAACUUAAUAGAUGCUAGCAGUGGAUUUAGUGCAGAUUUUUCUUCUGGAAGGUGGGACAGUUUGUGAAAACUUUAGCCAAUAGAAGUGUGCGUGUCCGCUGGACCGUGCAGGUCAGGGGCGGCCUCCUGCAUCACCACGUGACAGGCACCCCUUCUCUGAGCACAGUGGUCCUUAAAUGUGAGGCCUUCACCUGCUGUGAAUGAUUUAUCUGCCCCCCCCCCCCCGCCCCCUGCCCGCAGUCCAGUGAGGGGCUCGAGAGAGGUGCUGUGAUCUACUGGGGACCCUUUGUCCUAAAAAGUGAAAGUGGUCCCCAGGACCAGGAGCUCGUGUAAGUGGCAAAGGUGAGGGUAUAUUUGAAAGUCAGAGUAGACAUAUGCUUGGAUAAGUAGACCCCAAGCAUCCUUGUUUUAAAAGUCACUUAAAAUAAGCCAGUAGAAUCUCCUAGAUCACACAGUUGGUGGCAUGAUUCAUACUUUUCCCCGUUACUUCAUAAAUAAUCACAGAUUUUUUUUCCUAACCUUGUCAGGCACAGAAUUCAUUUCUUUGCUUCUACUAUUAUUUUGUCUUGUCCUAGAUAUGAGGAGCUAUGGUAGCAAAUUCUGUCUUUACUAUAUGCAAAAGAGGAAGAAAGUGAAGAGAAAACUCCCCUCUUCUAACUUUAAAGUGCCUAUUAAGAUAUUAAAGGGCAUUUGACCCAGUUUGAGGGGUUUGGAUCUAAUUUGCCUCUGACGUUCCUUUUGGAAACAUUUAAGGGAUGUUUUUCUCCCCCCGUCCCAUAAUUGAUUUAGCACUUUUUACUUCCUUUAUUUUUAAAUGACCACACUAAAGCUAUUAACACAAGCUCCAGUAUCCUACAAAAACUCAUCAGGAGUUGGGAAAUAGAGUAUUUUGGUAAAAUACAUGAUUAUUUAAAACGUCAAGCUGAAAAAUUAACCAAAGUGAAUUAAAGCCAUAUAAACACAGUAACCUUUGUAUGAAUAAAUGAUUUGUUUUUAUAUGUGAGAUUCUCUAAUUACUGUAUUUUACUUUAUAGGGUCUCUAAUAGUGGACUAUCUCUCCGCAGUGGGUUUUGCUUCUCAUGAGUUAUUUUUCUUACAAAUAAUUAUGUGGUUCACUCAGUGAGACUAGCGACUAAACACUUAUCUGCGUAUGGGUUAUAUUUCCAGGAUGAACAUGAUCGAGCCCAGGUGACCAGCUUAAUCCAAAGGCAAGGAAAACAUUGGUUUUUUGUCAGCUCUUCCAAGAGAUCCGUCAUUUUACUGAUGUCAUUAAAAAGCAAAUUAUAAUCGUUUUGUCUAACUAAGAGUUUAUUGUGAUUAAAUAUCAAACAAACAGGUAGAAAGCCUGGGUUUCUGGCUGCUAGUGUUGUGGCAUCGCUUAGAGCUCAGUAUGAACAUUCCACAAUGUCCAGGGUGCACACGGUAAAAUCUGAAGCCCAGAAUUCUUUCAAGCUGCACGUUUUACUGGAGAGGAAGAGUUGGCUAUGCAAGCGGUCACAUAUCUUUGUAAGCACUAAUCGUAAGUCCUUGCUGUUACUGCAAUACACUGAGAAGCCCUUUUCCUCUCUAAUCAACCUAGAAUAGUCCCUUCGCACCGGGAACAGGAAGACUUUCCUAUGUGAAUAGUAAACCUUUUACUGUAACAAAAUCAAGAAGUUUGUUUAGAACGUGACAGGCAGCUAAAACCACUAUGCCCGCUGUGUUCAAUUAGGAGCAGGAUUUAGUUAAAAAUUCUUUUUCUGCCUUGAAACACUUUGCAAACACAAAUGUCUAUGAAAAAAUGCUUUUGUUCAUGACUAUGCUUUUUUUGUGUGUGAAAACUCAAAUGUAUGUAUGUAUGCGUGAGUGUGUGUAUAUAUAUACACGUAUAUAUUUGUAUGUGUGUGUGUAUUUCACAUGUCAGUGUAUGAGUCAGUUGGGUUAUGGGGGGCUUUGGAAAUGAUAUUGUUGUCUAGACUUAAAAAACCCAACUGGUGGAGAAAAAAAUAAUGUUUUAUUUUGAUAGGUUUGCUUAUACAAAAACUUUAGGUUUUAAACUAUUUUGUAAUAGACAGCGAUCUUAUAUGUAUAUUUUCUAUAGAUAGAUUCUUUAAGAAAGAUAUAUUUAUAAUGUUUCUAACAUGAAAUCACUGAAGUCUAGUGCAUUAUAACAGGUGCUUGAUGAUCUGCUGUGGAGCUGGGCUGGGCCUUAGGGAAUUUCUGCUUACUUGCUUCUGUUCCAUCUUUUCUGGCUUCUCUGUCUUGGUUUGUACUUACUAGGAAAAGCCAGGACUACCAGCUCUUUUACCACCUCUCUGUUCCUACAUUUGAAUUCAUAACCUUUGGAAUGAAAUAUUGUUUUUAUUUUCUUGGGAUGACCAGCAUGUUCUGUAUGGAUUUGACUGGUCGUCAGUCACACUUACGUAAAGUCCUUUCCAGAAAUUAAAAGAUGCAUAUACAUUUUCUUAAUUGUGUUUGAGUAAAAACCAGCUUAAAUUACUUUUUUUUAACAUUUAUUUUAUUGUCUUUUUUUUUUUUUUUUUUUUUUUUGUAAUGGAGGCACUGGGGAUUGAACCCAGGGCCUCGUGCAAGCUAAGCAUGAGUUCUACCACUGAGCUGUUACCCUCCCCUUUAAGUUCCUUUUCUUGUUUGCACUAGAAAAUAUGCUCUCUGACCCAAUUUCAGUGAGAAGCUUCUUAGUAUGGCACCUUUAUUUUAUACUCUUAAAAAAAGGAAGAUUUGUGAAUAACCACAUAUAGGCCACAUCUGCCCAACAUUUAACAAGGCAGCUAUGAAAAUUCAAGUUAAAAACUGUUUAUUAGAAAACUUACAUGAGAACUUUUGGUAUAGACUGAAAUACAAAUGAUGGCUCAAUCACAUUUUCCCCAGAGACGAACAUCGGGUAAAAGUAAGACCAAAACAUCAUUUGAGGUAUUUACAUGAAAGAAAAACCUAACCUCGCCCUAUAUAAAUCUUUGCUAUUAUCAACCACCGUUGGUAGAAAAUAUUUGUUGCAGAAUUACCUUCCUUUAAAAGACUUCUUUUAAUUUUUUCUGAAUAAAGGACUUUUUAAACCUCUUUAUUUUUAAUAUUUGCCAAAAUAUUUUCUAUGUCCUAAGUGUAUACAGGGAGAUGUUGAAGUCUUUCAAAUUAGAAUUUUUAUUUACCAAAUUAUUUUCUGAACGUACUUGAAUGUUUAGCACGGAGAGUAAGGAAAAGUGAUCGCCCUCUAGUGCUGACAAUGGCAGAGGGAGCAGAUUAGUCUUAUCUUUUUUCCUCUUAGAUCAGCAUAUUCUGCGAUUAUGACGCACAUGAUAAAAUUAUGCCAAGAUUCCAACUCCCUGUUCCCUGUGAUGUUGUUCCGGAUGUUUCUGCCUGAUUUCUCCUGAUGCAUUUCAAGCGACAAUACUAAUCAAACCAAAAAUACAAUUUCCACAGAAUUUUAAAGGAUGGGGUUUAGAGUGUAUGUCAUGGAGUAUUAAAAAUUCACAUGAUUAGUGUGAAUUUGGGGGGGGUGUAAUUAACUGGGCUUUUUUGUGUGUUUUUGUUCUUUGGCUAGUCCCAAAAUAGUGCCUUCUUUGUACAUUUUCUCCUGAAAUUUCCUAACUUGUCCUAAAACAUCAAGGGAAAAAGUACCGAAGUUCAUGUAGGAAAUAAUGCCAGCACAGGUCAUUUUUCAGUCCCAUAGGUGUGAGAGGAAGGUCGCUUGACUUUGUUGCUUGGCUGAGUUUUUUUUCUUUCCCCUCCUUGUAUAAUUAUAUUUAAACUUUUUUUUUUUAAUUGAAGUAUA